AAAUCAGCUGUGUAAUGAAAACAAAAGACAAUGGCUUGCGAAGUAAAACACUGCGGAGAAAUCCGUGAUUUUAGGAAAGUUCAGGAAUACUUUGGACUCGGACACGAUGACAACUGGUUGAAUGCGGUGAACCAUGCCAUAUCGCCUACAGGCGAACUGAUUGCCCUCGCCCAGGGCGAAAAGUUGGCCUUUUUGUCCACCUGCUGGAGCAGCCAUGGGAGUGCCAACACCUACGCCCUCGGCUGGUGCGGCGAACUGGAGGAUCGCAACCAAAUCGUGACCAGUCUUACCUGCCUGCCGAUGACCCACAGUCGUGGCACCGAUGGAGCCAUCGAAUGGACCUGCGUGGCAGUGGGUCUGGUCUCGGGCAUGGUCAUCUUCUACACGGACUCCGGCCUGAAGCUCUUCUCUCAAUGCUGCCAGGAAGAUCCGGUCAUCGGAAUCAAGCUGGAGUCCCCGCCCCGACAUUCCGAAGCGGAUUCCCUGCUCUACAUCGUUUAUCCACGCUGCCUGUGCUUCAUCAAGGGCCAGGACAUCCUGCCCACGCUGACCAACUGCCGGCACAAUGUGCAGCGAAGUGCCCUGGAGCGAAGUACGUAUCCCACGGCGGAUGUGGUGCCAUUCCAGAAGUACAAGUUCAAGCAUGAGCGUGAGGGCGUGAUCAACGAUGCCGCCAUAUCCAGCAGCCAACGACCGCCCACAUACGACUACAUUGUCCAGCAGAGCAUCGGCCUGGGCUACUUCGCCAAGGUGCACGCCACGCCGCCGAGGAGCGCACAGGUUCUGACCGCCGGAGCGGAGCCAUAUUUGGGCUUCUUCCAGGCGGAGGAGGGAUACAAAACUAUAUCGCUGGGCGAGGUGGCCAAGGAUGUGAUCGGAAUAGCGUACAAAAACCUGCUGGGAGGGAUUUUUCGACGCGCUCCAGAGCCACUGCCGUCGCCCGAGGAGUCCCCACUGCCGGUGCCCACAAAAGAGGCACCGAUGAGGAUUCGCUGUCGCCUGUACGACGGAAAGCGGGAUGGCCUGACCUUGGCUGUGGCUCCCAGUGGACGCCUGGCUGUCGUCACUGAUAAUCUGGACCGAGUGAUGCUGGUGGACACACAGCAGGCCAUCAUCCUGCGCGUGUGGAAGGGCUAUCGGGAUGCCCAGUGCGCCUUUGUUCCGGUUAAAGAGCGCUCUGUGCGCGGCAUCAAGACGCACAAGAGAAAGGCUUUGUUCCUGGUCAUCUACGCUCCCCGAAUGGGCUGCCUGGAUAUCUGGGCACUGCAAAACGGACCCAAGGUGGCCGCCUUUAAUGUUUCGAAAAGCGGGCAACUGGUGUACAACAAUCACAGUGCUCUAGGCGCCGUAAGUAGUGGUUCAGCGGGUGCCGGCAAAAAGGCUUUUGCUAUCAAUCACUGCCUUUUCCUGGAUCCCAGCGAUGGCAGCCUAAAGGAGGUGCACAUUCCCUUUCACUAUGCCCUCAGUGAAACCAGUUCGCAGACAUCUCGGGACAUCCAUAUGCUGAGGCGUCUAAGAAACCAGUUGAGAGGCUUGAAUCAUGGAGAUGCCAAGGAUACUAUGCUGGGCGAGAUAGGGGAACUGGCAAGUGAACUACUGACACUAGAGGUGCGUCAACAGUGCCUGGAGAUGGUGCUCAAGAGCAAGAAGCUGCAACCACGCGUGUUUCAGUGCAUCAUUAAUGCCUUUAUUGAGAAACCUCUACCCAACCCGGCAAUUUGCGAGGAAUUUGUCAAUCAAAUCGAGAACUAUAAACGCUUGACCGAUCUCUACUUGGCCCUGAGUCUGGCCAAUCAGCGGGCCGACAACGAGCCACCCGUGGAGCACCUGGAGCUCUCCGAUGCAGAUCUUGUGACGAUUAACAAGUUGGUUUUGCUCCUGGACGAUGGCACUGAGAAGGAAAAAUCGGCCACCACCCGCGAGGUGAGCUUCAAGCUGCAGGAGGAGCACAAGACCGAGGAGUUUGUGGAUUACCUGAGCAUCUUCAACAUUGAGAGUCCGGAUGGCAUCAGUCUGCUGCCGGAGAAGUCCGACAAGUUUGGCGCCGUUAGCAUCGAUCUCUUCAGUCAGUUUUUUGCCCAAGGUCUGUGCUUUGGCCAAUUCAAACAGUGGAUCCAUCAGGCCUGUCUGCCGAGCAGGGAUCUGCUAAAGCUGGUCACUUGGUUUUGGCUGGAAAAGCCUUUUAAGUACAACAACUGUGAUGAAGUGGUGGACGACAUGUCUAGGAUUGCUGCCAUGGUGCAGACCGUUUGCGAUCUGGCUGGUGAACAUAUCCACGACUAUGCCUAUAAUGCCAUCUCGCCGUGGUGGCAAGAGGUACGCGAACUGCUCCUGGAGAGCAAACAGUUUUCCGGUCUGCUAGUGGCCAUUGUCUGCAAAACGGUGGCCAGCAAUUUGUGGCGCAGCAGAAAGGAGGGUUCCUGUGACGAAGCCUCGCAAAACGAGGAGGAGGAGCGCUGGGAACGCAUCUCACACGACGAGGCCCAGUGGGGAUUGCUCACCGGCAAGCUGGAAGAUGUGGCUGUGCUGGGAGCCAUACUGGGGAAGCCACUCACCUGCAGGAAUCCUGUCGGUCCGGAGAUGUCCUACGAACCACCCGACUGCAGCCUGAAAAGCAUUGUGAGCAGCGGAAAGGGCAUCGUCACAGAACUAACGGCCAAGUGGCUGAUCAGUGCGCAACUGCAUCCCAGUAAAAUAUUGGAGAUUUCGGCACCCGAAUCCUUGGACGACGAAAGUAAAAUGAAGCCGAAGGGAGGCCCAAAAGAGGAGCAGACCGACGAGGGGGCAGAACUAGAAGAGGACCAGGAAGAGGACCUGGAAAUGGCCAAGGAAGUUCAGGAAUCCAACAACGAACCGAUUCUCGAGCGAUUGGCUCUGCUACGCGCUCACUUUCCCUUCAGUUUGGAAUCGGGCGUGCUGCUGAGUCUCAUGUCCUGGCAGUACAUGGUGCAGUGGAGCAAGCAGCUCUCAUCGCUGGACCACCUGAGGGCAGCCUUGCUCUGUUUGACCCAAUUCCGGACCACCGACUGGGCCCUGAAGCAUGGCAUCUGCUGCAUGCUUUGGAAUGCCACCUUGAAGUAUCCACUGCAGGCGGCGGCCAAGCUGAUACAGAAAGUGGGCCGCCUGCCGGUGGACAAGAUGUGCCAGCAAGAUCUGGAUAUGUCGGCGGGCAAGGUGCCGGAGUUUCUGGAACUCAGCCUGGAGUUCCUUCAGCACUUCACCACAUCGAUGGAGCACGACAAGCGGGAGCUGCACUUCGAACAGUCGCUCAGUGAGGGAGCCCUUCCCCUGCAAUUCCUUGCCCUCCAGCAGCACCAUGCCAUGCCGCAGUUGCUCCGCCUGCAGACGGAACUGUGCAGUGUGCUCCACUUCGUAUCCUUCUUUCAGUUGCGCGUUCCCAAGCCGCUGACCACGCUCUUUGACUCGAUGAGCAACAAGGCUCUGCUGGCGGACAUCAACAAGGAGCUACCCUACGUUCUGCCCGCUCCAGAUCUCGUCCUGCAACAGCAGCGCACCGACUUCCUAUGUCGACUUGUGGCCGCCACCAUGGACCUGAUCAGAGAGGAUCUGCAGCAGUUGUACAUCCUCGAUCACGUCUUUUACAUGGCCAAGAUCUGCGCUCUGGCUGACAGCUGGGAGCUCGACAAACUUCCCAUCCUAAGAAAACAGGUGGUGGAGCUGUACGCUUUCGGCUAUGAUGCGGAGGCCCAGAUGCUGCUCCACGACAUCAGUGAGGACGAGGAGCUGGGCCGACUGCUGCUCGAGAUAGCCGGCCGGCGGCUCAAUCUCUACGCGGAGAGCUCGCAGUCGACGUUCCUCAAGAUUGCCUCCGUAGGGCACCAGUUGCUGGCCUACCUAGACAACCUGAAGGAGCCGAUGACGGAGCAGAGCAUCCAGAUUGCGGCCACCAAGCCGGACGAGAUCGAUGUGGCCGCCCUGGACAGGCUGCUGUCGCACGCCUACAAGUGCCUCUGCCGGCGCGAAUCCAAGCAGUUGCCCAUCAUAGCCCAGAUGUACAACGCCGUGCGCAUCCUGCAGAACUGAGGAGGAGGAGGAUGACAUGGAAACACUUUCGUUGUUCAAUGUUUAUAGCCAGCAAAUCAUUGCCGCAUUACCACAUUUCAAUGUCCUACGGAAAGACAUUCACUUAACCAUUAGCAAGAACUUAUAGGUACGACAUGAAACAGAGUUGAUCGAUUUAUUAUUUUAGCAAGAACCAAACACAUUUGAUUGAUCGUUAAUUAGCAAGAACUUAGGAAACGAAAUGAUGAUACCCAUUAGCAAGAACUUAGAGCACGAAAUGAUGAUACCCAUUAGCAGGAACUUGGGAAACAAGAUAAUAUACAUUGAUCUGAAGCACAUUAAUUGAUUGUUAAUGAGCUUAAUAACGACUGGAGCUGUCCUCUUAUGUUUGAUUGAAUAUUAUAUUUUUUAAAAUGA